CAGCCCGUGUUAAAGUCGCCCGAACCCAUUCGAUUAGGGUAUUUAUAUGCCCGCUUGCGAAUUCGAGAAGAGGGGGGCCGAGCAAAGAUGAAUCAGAAUCAGCAAUCAUCCGAAGGCAGGCACGACGACGACGCUAUUCUCACGGAAUUUCUCGCAUCCUUGAUGGACUACACUCCCGCCAUUCCCGACGAAUUGGUGGAACAUUACUUGGCCAAGAGCGGGUUCCAGUGCCCCGAUGUACGAUUAAUCAGGCUGGUAGCUGUUGCUACGCAGAAAUUUAUUAAUGAGGUUGCAACUGACGCCCUUCAGCAAUGCAAGGCAAGGCAGGCAUCUGUUAUCAAGGACAAGAGGGACAAGCAGCAAAAGGAUAAGCGCUUAAUCUUGACUAUGGAUGACCUCUCCAAGGCUCUGCGUGAGUAUGGCGUGAAUGUCAAGCAUCAAGAGUACUUUGCCGAUGCCCCCACAGCGGGGUUGGAUCCUGCUUCAAGAGAUGAGUGAGAUGCUUCUUCACCUAUAUAUAGCAAGUUCUUCAUGGCUGUGAAUUAUACAUACUACCAUGUCACGUUCAAAUGAAGAAGCUUCAUUUCAGUAGUUGCUUAUGUCCGGAAAAUUAUUCCAUUUCAAGGUCUCCUUGCUACAGUUAUCUACUUGUAGGCAUCCUGUUUUCUUAAUCUCUUCUCAAAUUAAACACAAGGAUGUAUAGAAAAUUUGGCUAUCGAUGUGAGAUUGGGUGAGACUCAUGACAAUAUUGUGAUGGAUAAAAUGUCCGACUAUAUAUGUAUAUAUUCAAUAUCAGAAGAAAGCACUCAGUACCACAAUAAAAUACAUAAAAUGAAUAGAAAAUCAUAAAAAUACAAGGCAGAGGGGGACUUUUUUCAAGUAUUUGAUCAUUAGAAAUAAUCAGUGGCUGACAAAUUAACCCUUGAUAGAAAGCAACAUCAGCUUAUCUUCCAGAAAGAUGGAUCAACCGGUCACUGAGAAAGAGAAGUCUUCCUCAGAAUUCAUAGCUCUAGAAGAGUUGAGAUACUCACCUUCACUGGCAUAGGAAGAGUAAUCUUCAUCAAUAUCCCUCUCUUUCAACUCUUCAAUCUUCUCCACAGCCUCCCACACGUCCCAUCUCCUCUCCGCAUUCCACUCGCAGCAACACAUUCCUAUCUUCAGCAGCUUCAGCAUCUCCCCUUCACAAUUCUUCGUCCUCUUCAUGUCUUUGUCGAACACCUCGCCGGUCCACUCCUCUCUCACCACUGAGUUCACCCAGGCCGCUAAAUCUGCGUUGACUCCCUUGUCUUGCCUCAGAUAGUUCGCUGGGAACUUGCCAGUUAGCAUCUCGAGUAUCAGAAUACCGAGGCUCCACACGUCGGUCUUCUUGGUGGUGCGAUCGUGCUCCGUGAACUCAGGUGACUUGUAGGCCACCAUGAACUGCUGCGCGUGUUGUUUGUCCAUCACCGGUGCAAGCGCGUAGUCAGCUAGGAGGGGCUCGAAGGUGUCGUCCACGAGCACGUUGGAUGAUUUUAGGUGGCCAUGGGGCAGUGUCAGGGUAGACAGCUCUUUGUAGAGGUAAGCCAAACCCCUUGCUACUCCUUUGAUGAUCUUCAACCGGGUUGGCCAGUUGAGCCCAGGUUGGUCUAGAUUUCGUUUACCUGACAACAAUAAUAACAUUUAUCUUAUUACAUGGGGUUGCCUAUAAAAUUCUAGUUCGUCAGUCAUUGUGUUCCUUACCAUGGAGGUGGCUUGCUAAACUUCCAUUCUCCACGAAGUCAGAAAUGAAGAGCUUCUCUUCUUUCUUGUAGUAGAAGGCCACAAGAGGCAGCAAGUUAGGGUGUGACAACCUGCCCAGCCUUCUCAUGUGCUCAUGCAAGUCUUCUUUUCCGACGCUACUCAUAUGCCGGAACCGCUUGACAACGAUGGUGGCGUCACCGGUUAGAAGGGUGGCCUUGUAAGAGGAGCCGAAGCCGCCACUACCCAGAACUUCGGCUGAGGCUCUAAGCAAAUCCUGCAACUCAAACUUCUCUGUAUUGCUCCUCACGAAGUAAAGCUUCCCAUGCUGCUGAAGUUGCUGUUGCUGCUCCAUCUGCUGCUUAUGAGCAAACUCUUUCUUAAAAUCGUCGAGUUUGGCCGAUGUGCCUUUCUGAAGCUGGGCCUUUUUCUGGGCUUGUCGCCGGCGAAAGGUGAAAGCUAGACAAAUGGCGGCCAGUGCAACCGCGGCCACCGCUGCGGCAAUGAUGGCAAUUUUUUUGACAGGCUUCUUGGAGGAUUUGCAGGGGGUCGACAGAGGCUCGCCACACAAAUCAAGGUUGCC